AUGGCACCAGCCUCAGGUUCGCAUGUCGACUCCAAUGCCUCGAGACAAGGCAUACGAUCGCCGCCAAAUCCGGCGGCUCACAUAUCGCAUCUCCGACCUCGCUACCCGACGGAAGCUCGCCGAAACGACUCGUUUCCCGCGGCCCAGCAGCUGGCCCAGUCAAUCUCGUCCACCGAAACGCCUGAAGCUGCCGUCACGGAAGGAGCGCAGCUGGAAGAAGCCCCGAAUCUCUUCGACUCGGCCCAGCCCACUGAGCACGCGCCAGUCUCAAUCCUCGAAGCGGCCACGAAAAUUGCUCGCGACAAAACGGCAGCCCAUAACGCCAAGCUGGCAGUCUUACGGGUCUUUAGCGAAUCAUUCGAACAAGCAGCAAAGCAGUUCACGUCUGGCACCGAAAACAGCAUCGCCAAGCAAGUCGCCACCAAAUUUCUCAAAUUCUGGACUCAAUCGCUUGCCGAACUCGAAGAACCACCGAAGCCCACGUACAGCAGCGUUCUCGCAUCCGGCAAGCCGAAGCAAGGACAGCUGGCCUUUACAGCCUCCGCCCCACCACAGCGAAAACCACAGACCACCACUCGUCUGCCAGGACGACCGCCCGUAGCCCCACCGAAGGAAGACCUCCGUGUCUUCGUCCGACUUGACGCUGACGCUCCGGCCCGAAACCACGAAAGAUACGCAAUCCGGACCCACAUCGCCGCUAGAGUCGGUAUUGACCUGCGCCGCAUUCCGGCAGCCUUCCCGGUAAACACGGGCUGGGCCAUCCAGGCAUCGGAUGUGGCCACGCGUGACUUACUUGUGCAACGGCAGGCGGAGUGGGCUGCAGACCUGGAAGCCGCGGCCGUAGAGAUAAGCCAGAAAUGGCAUUCGUACGUGGUAGCCGAUUGUCCUCGUAGGCUCACAGACCUACGAGGUGUCGUGAUCAACUACGAGGAGGCGGUCAAAGAAGAGAUUGCCUGCCAAACCGGACUGAAGCCCAUCAGCAUACGUCUAUCGCGACACGACUCGGGUGAUAUGCCCACCCAGACCCUGAUUGUGUCCUUCCUGGAACCCACACGAAGACCCUGGAGACUUUUCGGCGCCAGCCGUCUCGCCCGUUACAUUGACAAACCCAGCAUCCCUAGCCAAUGCGAUAAAUGCUGGGAUUUCCACGCUCGCCACAGCUGCGACCGGACGGCGCGCUGCAGACGUUGCGGCAAGACCAACCAUCGUAGCCAAGAGUGCGCAGCCCUCGAGCAGUGCGCAAACUGCCUCGGGCCACAUUGCGCUGAUGACCCUAAAUGCCCUGCCCGCCCCAUGCGCGUUCAUGGCAUUGUACGGCGCCUGACGAAAGAGGAGAAGGGUCUGGUGAGGCAGGCGGGAGCUCAGCUCUUCGCGCAGCAGAAAAGACAGACACCAAACCACAACGUGCCCGAGCAGUCUUGUCAGAGCCCUGAUUCGAGUCAGUUACGUUCUUCGGAGUCGCAGGCAGCUGGAGAGGAUGGAAGCUCCGGCAGAAGCGCCACUCCAGAGCGAGCCGCUUCCUCACCCCCUUGCAUUGUCGUGGCCACGACGCCGCCGCACGCUAGCGAUGACAACCAGUUCACCCCUGUCGUCCCGAGGUCCUUGCGAGUCUUCCAAGCCAACGUGGGCAAGAUCCCUCCGGCGCAUGACACUGCGCUCGCGCUGGCUGAUUCGGAGCGAUACGACAUUAUCCUGCUGCAGGAACCAUGGACAGGACUUAAAGACGGCCGAUGCCUCACCAAGACGCAUCCGGCCUACGACACAUUCUCACCCGUCACCGACUGGGACGGCCGCGACACUCGUCCGAGAGUCAUGACAUACGUCCGGCGCUCCGCAGGCCUCGUCGCUGAUCAAAGAGACCUGCGGCGACUCCCGGACUACGACGCGGCUCUGGAAAUACUGCUUGGUUGGUGCGUGACGGAUAAAUGCCUUGUAUCUGGCGACUUCAACGCCAAGCAUCCCAGCUGGCAGGCCGGUCGACAAGAGCACCGCGGCGAAGACAUCGCGUUCUGGGCCAUGGAUAACCGACUCAGCUUAUUGAAUGCUGUCGAUGUCCCGACUAACGCGCGCGGCAGCACGAUCGAUCUCGCCUUCUCCAAUAUACCUUUGGCGGACGCGGUUGUUGAGGAUCAUUUAGCAACCGGGUCCGACCACUUUACCCUUAGUAUCACGCUGCCUAGUCAAGCCCUAGCACCCCUUCCAUUAUGCAAGAUCCGCCUCAACUCCGAUGAGGAAUUGAAGCGAUUUGUCGAGCUGGUAGAAGCCGGUGCAGCUUUCAUCCCGACUACAACCUCAACUCCCUCCGAGCUGGACAACUUUGCGUCGGCGCUGGUGGACCUUCUUGGUUGUGCAGCGAGAGCUGCGGGCCGACCCGUCCGUAAGACGACGCAUGGGGCGCGGUGGUGGAACGAAGAGUGCGCAAAGGCGGCGGCCAAUUAUCGCGCGUGGAGGAGGGUGUACCCUCUCGGCUUCGACCGAGAAGUGCAGCUAGCCAAGCGGGAGCUUCACAAUGCAGUGCGCCGAGCAAAACGCCUUUACUGGCGCGACUUGAUCGACAGCUUUGCCGACGGCGACUCCGUCUUUCGGGCGGUCCGCUGGCUAAAAUCCUCAGGGCCGUGCCAGGCACCUCCCCAAGUCUCCUUUGAGGAGGCUCGCGACGCCACUCUACGCACCGGGAACACAUCUCCAGGCUCGGACAACAUCACGGUGCGGAUGCUUCGCGCUGUCUGGCAUGCAAUCGGCAGUCUCGUCCAUCAGCUGUAUCAAGGCUGCCUCACCAUUGGUCACCAUCCGAAACCUUUUCGGGAGGCAGAAGUGGUUAUGAUCGCCAAGCUAGGACGCAGAGAUCUGUCUACACCCCGCGCCUGGCGCCCCAUCUCCCUUUUGUCUUGUCUCGGCAAGGGCCUCGAGCGGCUCAUUGCACGGCGUCUAGCGUGGGGCUCAAUCCACUUCGGCGUACUACACCCACAACAAGCCGGCGCGCUCCCGAAGAGGUCGGCCGUGGAUCUCGUAGCUGCCUUGGUUCACGACAUCGAGGAGGCAUUCGCCCGGAAGCAAGUCGCAACCCUGGUGACCUUGGAUAUACAAGGCGCCUUCGAUACAGUUCUCUGCAAUAGAUUGGUCCUCCGCUUACGAGAACAAGGAUGGCCAUCGAACCUCGCGCGCUGGGCCGGCUCGUUCAUGCAGGACAGAUCGGCACGCAUCCGCUAUCAAGACAUCGUGACGGAUUCAUCGCCCUCCAGUGCGGGACGCUUCGGCUACGCGGACGACACUGCCAUUCUAUGCCUUCUUUCGUGGGGCGCCGCUAACGGGAUCUCUUUCGACCCCGACAAGACAGAAGUGAUGCACUUCUCUCGAACGAAGCCCAAGACGGCGCCGCCGGUGCUCCACGGCGACUCUCUCUCUUUCAAGACACACGUCGAGAAAUGGACGGCCAAGGCGCAAGCUGUUGCCUUUCAUCUUAGGAGACUGACGAACACGAAACAUGGCCCUCUGCCGAGUGCUAUGCGACGAGCCGUCUGCGCUUGCGUCAUCCCCGGGGAAUACCGCCCGUUCCUCUACUCCUCGAAGGGCGUCGGACGGCCUUUGCUGCGCGCCUUAAAGCUCUCGACGAAGCUCACCCGCUCGUCCAGCGCACGUCGCGACCAAAAGCUCCCGUCACUGCGGCGAGCCGACGAAAUGCUAUCGAGCUGCCCGAGACCUGCUUUACUGCAGCGCGGAUUUGCCGAAGAGCAGACUGCGCCUCUGCAGAGUGCAUCGAAACACGAGACGGCGAAAAAAUUUCGCGACUGGCUUCAGGCACUAUCGCCCCGAACUCUUGUCGUCUACUCCGACGGGUCUCGUUCUGAGGAAGGCCACAUCGGAUACGGCUAUGCUGUUCACCGGGACGGAUCCACCGUCUUGAGCGGCAAGGGCCGUCUUGGAACAGCUGAGGUUUUCGACGCUGAGGCGAAAGGUGCAUUGGAGGGGUUGAAGGCAGCGGUGAGCCUUCCAGAAACUGACCGCAUCUUUGUCUGCCUCGACAACCUCGCGACCGCAACAUGCUUACGGGCACGCCGAACGACUCCUCGCAAGAGGUCUUCCUUGAGUUCCAAUCUUUGGCGCGAAAAUACGGAGCUGUGGAGGUCCAUUGGAUCCCCGGCCAUGCUGACAUCCCAGGCAACGAGGAGGCUGAUGCUCUGGCAAAGGCGGGAGCAUCACUGCCAGAACCCGCUGAUGGCGAACCGACGCUAG